AUGGCCUCAAAACAACACAUCCAACGGCAAAUAGUCGUAAUUAUUGGCUCUACUGUUAGCACCGCUGGUACAUUGAUUCAGUUCUUUGCUACUCAAGGCGUCAAUAUUGCUGUUCAGGUUAUUGGAACGAAUGCACCCGCGACUCUUGAUACGCUCAAAAAUGGCCGAGACCGAGUCCUCGUUGGCCAUGAAGACCUCGCUAAUACGGAGAAAUUUGUGGCACGAGUGAAUGAGAAGUUCGGAACUAUCCAUACGUUGAUCAACGUGGCAGAUAUGGCAUUCCAGAAUGAGAAGCCGUUUACGCAAGUUACUGACAAUCAAUGGCAAGAGCAUCUGAGCUGUCACCAGAAAUCAAGGUUCAAGUCCUUGAAAUCUGCGUGGGCUUUAUUUAGGAAAGAAAACCGGGGAACAAUUAUACAUGUUGCCGCAGCAAAGUCUUUGAGGAGUGGGAGUCUCCUUGAAUCUACUGCGUCAAUGUCAGCUUACGGCUUAGUACAAACCCUUGCAAAAGAGGGUAAGAAAUACAACAUGCGCGUUAACAUGGUCUUGGUCGACGAGACAAUCGAAUCAGGACUGCCAUUUAUUGCAGAACUUGCUCGAUCUUCAAGCACAAGUAAUGGGUCACUGUUCGAAGCUACUAGCAAGGGUGUUUCCUGUAUUCGAUGGGAACGUUCUCAAGGAUCUUUCUUGAAUCCCGAUUCCCCAUCCUUCACGCCCAUGGCGCUUCUAAAGCAGUGGUCACAUGUGCGUGACUUCUCGAAUCCAACUUAUCCAGACAAAGCCAAUGAUUUCAUAUCUAUUCUCGAAAAAACUAAGACACUCCCUCAUUGCGAAGAACCGAACGAUUCUAUCUCAUAUAACGGCAGGGKAGUCGUGAUUACGGGAGCUGGUGGAAACCUCGGUGCAUCAUAUUCCCGUCUCUUCAGCAAACUCGGCGCAAAUGUCCUUGUGAAUGACUUCAAUCGAGAAAACGCGGAAAAAGUCGUGGCCGAAAUUAACAACCAGGGAGGCAAGGCUGUAGCAAACUGUGACUCGGUUGUCGAAGCUGCAAACAGUGUCGUUGAGGCGGCUAUACGCCACUUCGGCCGAAUAGAUGUUUUAGUCAACAAUGCAGGGUUCCUCCUCGAUCAGACGUUUCUUAAGCUGACCGAAGAUAAAUGGGAUGCAGUAAUGUUGGUGCAUUUGCAAGGGACGUACGCGAUGACCAAGGCGGCUUGGCCGUAUUUUAUCCGUCAGGGUUACGGUCGAAUCAUCAACACAUCUAGUACAAGUGGUAUCUACGGGUUUUUUGGUCAGGCAAACUAUUCGUCUGCUAAACUGGGCAUUGUGGGCCUCACACAAGCACUCGCUCGUGAAGGUGCGGCACAUAAUAUUCACGCCUACGCUAUUGCUCCGGUGGCAGGGUCUCAAGAUGCAAUGAAUCGAGGUUGGAAUCUUCCACCGUCCCUGAAGGCCGAAUAUAACUGUCCCCUUGUAGCGCUCUUGGGGAGUGACAAAGCACCUGCAUCAACUGGUGACUACAUCUUUGAGCAAGGAUGUGGUUGGGUUGCUGCAACCAGACAGCGAAUAUUUCCUCUUCCAUCUUUUCAGAUGGAAAAUUCAGUCCGGCGCUCCUCGGCCAAUCUCGAUAUUAACCGGGCAAAACAGAACAUUGCGGCGGCUAAAGCUUUGCAAUCAAAAGGCGUACGGUACACCUACACACCGAAGGAUGUGCUCUUGUAUAAUCUCAGCGUAGGAGCCCGUUGGGAAUCUUUAUCCCUAGUAUAUGAAAAUGCUCCCGACUUCUGUGCAGUCCCCACCUUCGGCGUAAUCCCUGGCUUUCAAUCCAUUCCGCUCUUUGGGAACCAAGCGCCCUACGGUCUGGAUUACUUGUUUCCAAAUGUUUCUUCGGCGGAUCUUCUACACGCAGAGCAGUACCUGGAAAUAGCUCGGUUUCCAAUCCCGAGAAGUGCUUCUAUGGUCACUGAUAUCCGCCUGAUUGAUGUUGUGGAUAAAGGAAAGAAUGCUUAUGCAUUUUUUGAAUUGAAUACCCGAAAUGAACAAACUGGAGAGUUGGUCUUUUAUAAUGAAAUGGCGAUAUUUGUCCGCGGUGGUGCUGGCACUGGCGUUCCUAUGGAGCUGGCAGCAACGCGACGGUCGUCAUCGAUGGCCGCAAUGGACGAUCCAAGUGGUACUAGAGCCCCAGAUCUGGUUGUUACGGAGCGAAUUCCUACUGAGGCGGCCGCCCUGUAUCGCCUAAAUGCCGAUCUACAUCCCGUACACAUCGACCCUGUCAUGGCACGACACGCAGGCUUUCAGCGACCAAUUCUCCAUGGCCUAUGCACGCUGGGCUACGUGGGUCGGAUUAUACAGGAGAGGUUUGGUUCAUACAGGAAAUUCAAUGCGAGGUUUCUGUCACCGGUUCUGCCAGGUCAAACUCUGCGGGUUUCACUUUGGAGGGAGGGAUCACAAAGAGUUUGGAUUCAAGCUAUUAUAGCAGAAACGGGAAAGGCAUGUCUUGGAAAUGCGAAGGCAGAAUUACUGUUGCCAGGUGGACCAUUGGCAAGUCUGUAA